AUGGGUGGGCACCACGGAACCUGGUGGACAUACGCUAAGCUGACCGCAACGGCUGUCAUUGGUGCAGUGGCGCUCAAUGAUUCAGUGAAUAAUCAUACCCUUCCGUCGGUACCAACACCAACGGCUGCAGCCGCUGGAGUAGCGAGCGAAGUAGAGGCAAGUUGGUGGUUUCUCAUCGUCGCCGACAGUAUACUACUCUGCUUUGCCGCCAUAUUUGCUGGAUUGACACUGGCGAUCAUGGGACUUGACACUCUCUCGUUGGAGAUAAUUGCGGACAGCGGCCCAGAGCCGGACAAAGGCCACGCCGCGAAAAUCUUACCAAUCCGUCGCCUCGGAAACCAGCUUCUCUGUACACUACUGUUAGGAAACGUGAUGGUCAACACACUCAUUGCGCAAAUAACAGAUUCUCAUUUGUCAGGAUGGGGAGCCACGGUAGUUGCGACGGCGCUCACCACCAUCGGCGGCGAGGUGUUGCCGCAGGCCAUAAUGUCAGCGCAUGCACUGCGUGUGGGAGCAAAAAGUGUGUACCUUGUAAAAUUCUUCGUGUUACUGUUCUACCCAGUCUGUAAGCCCCUCAGUAUGGUUCUGGACCGUUUUAUUGGUAUGGACCCUGGGCAGAUAUAUGAGCGAAACGAGUUAAAGAAACUGAUGUUUAUGCACGCUGCGCGUGGUGCCGAAUCCGGCCUUGGCGAGCGGGAGGCGGAUCUCAUGGUGGGCGCUAUGGAACUACAUGAGAAAACUGUGAUGGAUGUCCUUACACCCAUAUGGGAGACGUUCAUGCUGGAGGCCAGUCAACCUCUGAAUGAAGAAACCAUUCAGCUUAUCUGUGAAAGGGGCCACAGCCGCAUUCCUGUAUACCAGGGGAAUAGGAAUAACAUCGUUGGCGCGCUAUUCACAAGAGACCUCUUGAUGGUCAACCCCGAAGAAGAGACACCUGUGCUUGUGUUAGUAAAGUUUUACAACAGAAGCUGCCAUAUCGUUCAUUCCGAAACAAAGCUUAGCUCUAUGUUGGAAUGUUUCCAAACUGGAAGGUCUCAUAUUGCCGUCGUGCAGGAGGUACAACAACGACCGUGUGGGGAUCCCUACUACGAGAUAAAAGGACUUGUGACCUUGGAAGAUGUUAUUGAGGAACUUAUUCACAGCGAAAUAUUUGAUGAAUAUGAUACUGUCCCCAAGAGGUUGGUGGGUAAUUCGUCAUAUACUCAAAGAAGACAAGUUGGUUUGUCGUCAAGAUGCUCACGACGAGUGCACAUGGGCAAGAACCAGUUGAAGGCAGUCGCUUUGUUUUUGUCUAGGUCAUUGCCUGAAUUCCACGACUGCUCACAGGGUGAGUGCGCCCAUUUGCUUCGGGCCGUUGAAAUGUAUGCAGCUUUUUACAAGACCCGUGCACCACACGACGCACGUGGCCUUAGUAAGGAUGAUAAAGCAAAUAUUUGGUUGUACCGCGCUGGUGUCCCCUCCGAUGUGUUCACGCUGGUGCUAUCGGGUAAAGUGGAGAUAUUUGCUGGUGGGGAGGAAAUAAGAUUCGAGCAGUCUUGCUGGUCUGUUAUCGCCACAAGAGCGCUGACAGACGAGAGAUUUGUUCCAACGUUUAGCUGCCGCGUGGUGCAGGAUAGCACCUUUGUACAGAUAACACGUGAAGCCUAUGGAAUGAUACUUUCAAUGCUUUCCAACAUUUCACUGUGA